GCAGCCCAAAUUAAAACAUCAAAAACAGACUUCAAAUAUGACCAUCAAAAUUCUUUCAGAUCUCUAUGCAUGUACAACAUCAACUACGCUUGAGUUCAUCCAAUUUAUUCAUAACUUCCUUCACAUCUCAUAAACUUCACACCAUUCUCAAUGCACUCCUGAGAAUCCAUGCACACCUUUAUUUCCAUUGGAAAACAACCCAAAAUUAAACAUCAAAAACUGACUUCAUGAUAUGACCAUCCAAAUUCCUUCAAAUCUCUAUAUAUAUGUACAACCUCAACUUCGCUUGAGCUCAUCCAAAGAGCUCUUUUGAUUAACUUACUGCUCCUACAGAGAGCUAUGGAGCAAGUUGAUGAUUUCUACUUCUCAGCACUCGCCGACUCUGAUCAGGACUUGUUCCCAAUCUCUGAUGAAAAGUAUGCAGACGAGCUCCAGCUUCAAGAGGUCCUCAUAUCCUCCGCCAUCGCCGCCUUCAAUCGCUACGGCCCCACCUUCAAGAAGAUCAAGACCGAGCCGGUUACAAUGCAACCAACAAGAAUCAAGACUGAGCCAGGUGAAUCGUCCAGUACCAUCAAAUCUGAAUCAUUCUGCAAAAUUUGCAUGGAACACCCUCCAACGUCCUCGAUGUUCUUCAGCGUCAACUGCUCCCACUCGUUCUGCCGCAACUGCGUAACCCGGUACCUUGCCGCCAAGAUCAACGACAACGUGUCGGCUAUAAAAUGCCCCGAAGAUAACUGCAACGGACUUCUUGAACCUGAGCAGUGUCAGGGGAUCGUGCCCAGAGAAGUUUUCGAGAGGUGGGGGAGCGCAAUAUGCGAGGCUACGAUUCUCGGCUCGAACAAAUUCAGUUACUGUCCUUUCAAGGAUUGCUCCGCACUGCUGACGUUGGGCGAAGGAGAGGGGAGUUUGGGUCAGUCCGAGUGUCCGAGUUGCUGUAGGCUGUUCUGCAUGAAGUGUAGCGUUGCUUGGCAUAAUGGAUUAAGUUGUGAGGAGUAUGAGGAGUUGGGGGUUGAUGAGAGAGGUGGUGAGGAUCUGAAGCUGAUUGAGAUUGCGAAGAACAAGAAGUGGAUGAGGUGUCCACAGUGCAAGUUUUAUGUGGAGAAGACUCAGGGGUGUCUUCAUGUUACCUGCAGGUGCAGAUUCGAGUUCUGUUAUGGAUGUGGUAAGAAUUGGGCUGACAACACUCAUGUAUUCUGUGGCAGUAAUUGAACUUAUGUGAUGUGAUGAAGGGAGAAAAGUUUAACGUCGUGAUCUCAUGAGUUCAAUCAGGGAGCUUUCUUUGUUGGUUGGAAUUUUCAUUUUGAAAUUGCGGUAGUGUUUUGUUUAAAACCAAAUGAUUAUUGUCAGUUUUUAGUAUAUUAUGAAUGAACUGCAAACGU